CUUUAGUAGGUGCAUAGCAUUUGAACAUGUUUGAUUUGUAGCAAGUCGAAUUUCAUGUAAGUCAUGUUAACAUUUUCAUAUAUGUCUCAUAUAAAUAUUUACUAAUGAAUACAAUCUUUAAAAUUAAGUUUACCGAACCGGUUCAAACUAAGCCCAGCUAUGCCACUGGACACAGCUUCUGAGAAAAGCGCCAAUAGCAGGAAGUAAAUACUAGCAAUCACAGCCUCAGGCAGUGAAUAGUCUUGAAUCUGUUAAAUUUGUCGACUAUCGAAAUGGUGUAAGUCAUGCCAGCUUUUUAAUUUAUGUCUCAAGUUGUAAUACACCAAAAUAUUUCUAUGACCAUUAUACUUGAGCUGAUGUAUACGUCCAAAAAGUAUACAUUAUAAUAUGCUUCUAUUUUAAUCUAGCCUAUUCGUACAAGUGUUAUGAAUCGAACUAAAUCUGUUAUUUAUAACAUUCUACCAUAUAAAACUUUGCAAAGAAAAAUAUGCUUACUUACAAUGUUCUGAUCACCAUGCAUUUCAUACUUAUUAAUAUGUAUUGUCAACAAACCGCUUUAUAUCUUUUUAAGUCUCACUAUAUCCAAUGCGAUCUCGCCGUCUUUUAAGUGUUUUUAAAUAGAUUUUUUUUGAAACCCUCAUCAUCUACUUGUUUAGUCUGUUCCCACGAUUGUUUAAUUAACUGCACGCAUUAUCACACUUAAUAAUAGUAUGUUCUCUAAACCUGACAUGUAUAAUCCGUACCUUUUAAUAUUAUCUCACUCUAAACUCUUAAUGUUGUUCUCUAAACCAGCUAUUUUUAUUGUUCCCAUUAGUUAUUAUUUUAAAGGCAGCGAGCAUCAUUGAUGCUGAUUAUGAUGGGACGCCUUGGGAUAAAUGCGUCGCGAUUAUACACUAUAGCAAAACAAAUGAUAUUAGGUAAAUACCUGGUGGUCAUAAGGAUUAACUUGUAUAAGAAAGUGUUGAUAAGGGACGUUUCAUUACGGUUUUGAAAGUUAUCAGAAUACAUGUUUAUGAUUAGAAACAUGUAUACAGUUACAUUGACUUUUUUCUUUAGCAGUGUUUUAAAACUUCAUGUUAUAUUAAGAACAUAUAUUUCGAUGUUAAUUAAUUGUAAUCUUAAAUUACCUGGUUAAAAUAAACCAUUGCUGCAUUGGAUAGUGUAUACGUGUCCAGGUUUUUGUAUUCCAAAAUUGAUAACCGUUGUUAUACAUGCAUUCAUUGAACGAAUGUCUGGGCAGGAUAUCACCACUGAUCUGUAGAGUACUUCUAAUACUUUGAAAAUAUAUUAGUUGUUAUAGCAUUGUAAGUAAACCCUUUUGAGUUAUUUUUUCACUCUAACGUAGCCUAGAUUUUGGAUUUAAUUGUGUUUAAUUUUUGUAAACUUGUACCAACGACAAGAUCAGCGAUAACAUAGUAUUGAAACUUACCAUACUAAAACAAUGCUGGCGUCUACUAAUUGAGUCAUUUUUUUAAUAACAGGAUGUUAAUUCUUUUAUCGAGAGCAUCUUAAUCAUCGGAUUCUUUCAAUGUCUGAUUAAGUCUUUGGGUUUGCAGUUGUCUGAUGGGAAUGAUUAGGACAUGUAAUUUUUUUUUUUACACAACGUGCAAAGCACCAACUGAUAAUGAACAGUUACAGUUUGCACGACAUAUCUUUCUCUCAGCAGUUGCUGUUCUGUUGACGUCCUGUUUUGUGGCCAAAUUGUGUAGAGGAACUUCACUAUUUUUUUAUCCCUUGACAAGUCCCCCUGCGUUUCCUGCUCUUUUUAGACAAAGAUGACACUGCACCCUUUAAGACUGCUUUCUUUCGCUAUUAUCUUUGGUAGGUUUUAAACAAUAUAUAAAUAUGUAUGUAUGUAUGUAUGUAUGUAUGUAUGUAUGUAUGUAUGUAUGUAUGUAUGUAUGUAUGUAUGUAUCUAUCUAUCUAUCUAUCUAUCUAUCUAUCUAUCUAUCUAUCUAUCUAUCUAUCUAUCUAUCUAUCUAUCUAUCUAUCUAUCUAUCUAUCUAUCUAUCUAUCUAUCUAUAUAUCUAUAUAUCUAUCUAUCUAUCUAUCUAUCUAUCUAUCUAUCUAUCUAUCUAUCUAUCUAUCUAUCUAUCUAUCUAUCUAUCUAUCUAUCUAUCUAUCUAUCUAACUAUCUAUCUAUCUAUCUAUCUAUCUAUCUAUCUACGAUAGCUAUAAUAUAAAAUAUAUAUUUAAAAUGAUAUCCUGAUUAGCUUUUAAUACAAAGAGUUCAAUACAUUAUUUCAUUUAACGAUUUAAAAAAAAAAAUAUUUCACUGAUUUAUUUAUAACGUAAUAUGUAUUUAGGCAAGUCUGUCCUGUAUCAUAUAAAUACUAAGGUUAUAUAAUGUUUUUUAAUUAGAAUGUUUUUGUUGAUGUUGCUGUAGAUAUCACUUUGGGACAAUGGACAAUGGCUGGACGAUCUCACUCAUUUACGUUUGUCACACCAAAGAUUGAUUCUGGACAUCAAAUGUUGUGGGUAUUACAAACCGGAAUAAGAAAUGAAUCAUUAUUUUUGUGUAACAGUUUUUUUCAAUCCUCAUGUGAUCCAUAUAGCGAUAUGCUUCUUGAACUCUACUCUGCAAACAUAACGUCAAACUCUACCUCAUAUACAAGUAUAUUCACAAUCAAAAAUGUUACGCCAUUUCUACAUAACACAACUUGGUUUUGUGUUGAAAACUUUCCGUAUCUUGGGCAGAAAUCAGGAAGGUUUGAACUUCACGUUUUCGGUGAGUUGUAAUUUAUAAACAAUUAUAAAACGAUUAUUUUGAACUAUUACAAGUUUUAAGAAUAACUUUAAAUAAACCAGUAAAUUACAUUGGUUUGUGUAAUAAUUUUUUAUUUGAUUUUUGUAUUCAAAUUAAGCCACUCCUGAAACUCCCACAUGUGAUUAUGUAACACUACUCAAUGAAAUCUAUCUUCAAAUAAAUUGUCAAACACAUAAAACUUUUCCUGACACCAUCUGCAUAUUCUAUGUCAGAUCCAAUGUAAGUAGUUUUGAAUAAAAUAUUUUGAAAAAAUAAUGUGCAUUAAAAACAAUGGAAUCAUUUUUGAUUUUGUGAAACUCUUUCUUUCAGCUAUAAUUAGUUAGAUGUGCGACAUUGUAUAUUUUAUAACAUUUUAAACACUGUGAAAUGGCGUUAACGCAUAGGCUCGAUACACAUUUUUCUCAGUGUUAGCGAACGCUCAUUCUGGAUACAAAGCUAUGCUUACUUCUGUACACACAAUCCUACCAGCCAUGUGUUGCUUUGAGGCGCUUACAGAAAAUAUUGUCUGUCCGAGUGAUGUGUUAAAAAUCAUUCUUUUUUUUUUUCACUUUUGCACAUUUGGUGUUAUUUAAGCAUUCAAAAUGGCACCGAAAAUUCAAAUUGUUAUAGAGGGGAAUGGUGAUAAUGAAUAUGUAACGAGAAUAGUGUAUCACAACAUGAUAUUUUUUUUUGUUGAAAUUCUGAUAUCACCAAGAAUUAAGAUAUGGUUCAAUAAUGAAGCUUAGCCCUGAAUCUGUUCUGAAAUUCACAUCAAAUAUUUCCAACAAUUAUAUAUGUCAUAUUUUUCGAAACUGCAUGCAUAAGUGCUCUUCUUGCAAACAUCAAAAAAAUUAUUUUUCUUUGAAAAGGAAAUAUAAUCAAUCAAAAUAAGUACAUUUGUCUAACACUCAAUAAUGCCAACUGCAUUCUCGAAAUACCCUAGACAAAAUAAAAAAGGAACGUAUUAAAUUAACGUUUACAUUGACUUCCAUAACAUAACCAGACUAACUUAAAACUUUCCUUUUUUUCAUCCUUUACUGUCCUUUCAACAAGCAACUAAAUAUUUUAUAAUCGAUUAACUGUAAAUAAAAAAAAAAUAUUUCAUUUUUAUUCGCUUUUAUUUAUAGCUUGGAUUUUUAUUUGUUUGGAUCAAAUAUUGUAACCCAAUUUUAUAAUUGUGUCCUUAGAUAAGUGGACAUAAAUAUUUGCAUGAUUCACCAAACAUUGUUACAAUAAAAUCUUACAUUAUCUGUAGGUCACUAUUAGCUUUACAUGACCUGUGACAAAUCAUAAAUGUGCACAUUUAAAAUAUAAAAGGUUUAUACAGUCAUAAAGUACAUUUUUAAUUUAUAGUUACUUUAUAACUUGAAGCUUGGUAAAACAUGAAAUGCACGAUAAUGCAAUAAAAGGUCAAUGUACAAAGAAACUAGUUGAUCGAAAUAAUUUACUAAGAUAUUUAUUAUUCUCCAUUGAAUCGGGUUUGGUCUUCGUUGCUUGCAUGUGGCUUGUUGAUGGCCUUUUUAAAGUAGGUCUAUGCUUACUUGUUUUAAUGAAUGUUACACGGUCUUUUCGGUCUCUUAAAAUUUCACGAUAUGGGCUUUGAAGGUGCUUUGUUACCAGUUUCUUCUAGUUAUAGUGUGUCGUUAAUUUUAGAUCAGUGUUUGAACUUCUGAGCAAACAAUGUUGAUAUGGCUGGUGUGGCAUUUCGCCUAUGAUAGGCUGUUUCGUUCUGUUUGGCAUCCCCCUCUGGUUGAGAGCUAUAGCUGGUUAUGUGUGUUAGGUUCCCAACAUGUUACAUUAGUCACCGUGUAGUGGGAACAAAAACUAGUUUCAUCCUACACCAGUCAUGCUGAUUGUACCCCGCACCUUAGACCAGGCCUCUAUUAUUGAUGAAGGUUAGGGCUAUACCGUAGUGCAAAAUGUUAAAUGAUUUAGUUCUGUUUGUCGAGCCUCCAGUGAUACGGAAUGCAGCUGGUGUGCCUCUUUUGACAAAACUACCUAUGGCGAAUGGCUAUGCCUAAUAAGACUCCUUUGACGGGCCGCCACUUUGGAGAAUGUCACAGUACUUGGCUCUGGGCUUUAUAUCGAGUGUCUGGAAUUUCUCUUUUGAUUUCCCAACGCUUUUGUGAAUUGUAGCUGGUAUGUUUCAUUUAAUGGGCCUAUGCGUGUCGAAUUAUUGCUGAUAUGGCUCUUUUGACAGGCCCCCAUAAUUGUCAAAAUAUCCUUUUCAAUACCAGGAAUAGAAACAUCCCGAAUCAUCUCUACUACAUAAAGGAGCCAAAAUGAUUAAGUAAUUUAUCGUGUGUCUUUAAGAUAAAGAAGAAGAAGAAGUACUUUUUCUAAGAGUAGUUUGCCAACCUAUGGCCACAGAAACAACGCAAUGGUAUACAACUGUGUUGCUGUCGCCAAUGAUAUACAUUGCUGACCUGGCUUGUGAAGGCAACUAACUAAUCACGAGGUGGUUAAAAUGUUAAAUUUCAUUUUUUUUUUAAUAGCACAUUGCGUUUCACACUGUCCACAUCUUAACAAAUUAUUUUUGGAGUUCACAAUAGUAAACUGUGUCAAAAAGGAAUUUCCCUUCUACAAUAGAAAGUGUCAGUGUAGAAAAAAAUAUUUUGUCCAUCCCCUAUGACUAUGAUCUCAGAUAAAAAUUACGUGCAUCCCGUAUUUAACACAAAAAAAAAAUCACUCACACGUAUCAUAAUACAAUAUUCACUCCCUCGCUCACAAAUGUACACAUCUUUUAUACCAAGGAUUUAAUAACAAAGCAGCUACAGUAAUAAGAGAAGAUUUAUAUUUAUAAUAAGGGAAAUUUAAAACAUGAAAACAUGACAGCAUAACAACCACACUUAAUCUGACAGUAACAGCAAUGAAUUCUCGCAUUUUCAAUUCUUAUUGAAUUAAUUACUAAUUUUUUGUGUGUUUGAUGAAGACUAUAUUCAACCUGAAUGUUCCUGUAUUAUAAGUACUAUAAUAAUAAUACUGUUUUCAAAUAUUGUGCUAUGUAGAAUGCAUCGGCUUACGAAUUAAGACAAGGAUCUAUCACUUAUGCACAUGAGCUGAACAGUACUUCUGGAUACUACAAAGCCAACUGUACUUACAUUGUGUCUGCUUCAAUCCUUGGACUAGGAUCUCACAUGUUCCGAGUUGUCAUGUAUCCAAACAUCACAUCAAAUAUAACAGAGGAAAUGAAAACAACAAGUCAAUACACUAAUUCAAUUCAAAUAAGUAAAUAAACAUGCAAUUUCAUUUUAUAUAGAAACUUUCAAUUUUUUUUGAACUAUUAUAAAUGAAUAUCAUUAUUUUCUUUAAACUUUGUAGAGUGGAAAUGCAAUUUUUAAUUGAUUUAUAUAUAUAUAUUUUUUUUUAAUUAUCAUUAUUCCAUAAUAAGCCAUAAAAAGAAAAUUUGGACACGAAUGAGGAGAAUAAAAUUCGCCUUAACACGAAAAAUAAAAAUAUAAAAAAAAUAAAUACAUUUUGUAACGCUGAUGAGCUUAAAUGCUAAAUGUUAACAGUGUGUAUUUACAAAUCAUCUGCAGUUUUAAUAUGUGACAAUUUAAAAAAAAAAAAGAUAUAUUAUAAUAAAACACAUACUACGUUUUAGUAAACGUAAUUAUUCUUUGCCUAUUUUCAUAAUAUACACUAUAUGUAAGAUAUGUAUAAUUUUAUCAAUUAUUUUGUACAGUAAACGUUACCUACAUAACUACCUUUAAUAUGUAACAUUAACUUUACAUGAAAUUGAAUUAAGAAGUAGUAAUAAAUGUUAAUAAUAAAAAAAAAGUUAUUUUGCAAAUACUAAUCUACAGAUUUUCCAAAAGCUGUUCUUGGUCCUGACUGUCAUGUUGGAAAUUACAUAAAAGAAAAUGAAACAAAAACGUGUACGUGUUUUGAUAACAGCACAGGUUUUCUACCUACACGAGUAACGUGGUGUUCGGUUGAAAGUAACAAUGGCACACUAACGUUUACGGCGAAGAGACCCUCAAAAGGUAAGUAAUAAACGCCAUCAGGAGUUAUAUUGUCAGAAAUGUGACUACCAUUCUAUUAUUCAUAAAUUGUUUAAAAAAAUUUUUUUUCAUUAAUCUAAUUCACCAAAAAUUAUGUGUGCAUAUAUAUAUAUAUAUAUAUAUAUAUAUAUAUAUAUAUAUAUAAACUCAAAAUUAGGCCAUUUCCCAAACUUGCCGAGGCGUUUGGCCAAUGUCCAAUGUACUGAAAAUUGCCUGUCCUUUUUUUUUUUUUUUAAAAUUUUUUUUCAUUAAUAUAAUUCAACAAAAAUUAUGUGUGCAUAUAUAUAUAUAUAUAUAUAUAUAUAUAUAUAUAUAUAUAUAUAUAAGCUCAAAAUUAGGCCAUUUCCCGAACUUGCCGAGGCGUUUGGCCAAUGUCCAAUGUACUGAAAAUUGCCAGUCUUUUUUUUAUAUUUUGACCGAUCACUUCCCAUCAAAAGAAAAUGAUUUUCUUUUGCUGCCCAGAGAUACUACUUCUAGCUAAGCGCUAUUUCUUAUUCUUAUUUUUAUUUUUAUACCGUUUGUUCUGUUGUUUUGUUCGCUGACGAAGGAUUUCUGCCGACACGUUCGUUGUUUUGUUGCGUUUAUUUUUUCAGGUGUAACCAUACUCUGUUUUACUCAUUUUACAUUGUAAUAACCAGAUUGCAGUCUCUCCCCUUUUUACAGCAAGAAAAGAGACGUAAUCACGAUAUUCCUUUACUUCAUUCACAUCAUUGUCUCCCUAUUCUUACUUGAAUUGACUACAAAAUCUCUGUUCGCUGUAAGAAACUUGUUUUCUGGUGGCUACCAUCCUGUCUCAAAUUCUUACUGUCCAUUCACUCCUUCGACAGCUUCGUUUCUCCGCAGACACGUGUAUCAUUUCUGUUCCCAGACAACGCACUAGAACAUAUGGUGGACGGUCGUUUUUUUUCUGUGCCCCAAAACAAUAAAAUUCUCUCCCAUUACACAUCUGCAAUAUAACGACCAUCACGGCCUUCAAAACUGCCCUCAAAAAUCAUCUCUUCAUACUGUACUAUAACGACUCAUUCUGACCCCACUGACUGAUAAAGAACGCUCAAUUCUAAUGGUUGCUGUGCAUGGCUAGACAAGGAUUAUAAUACUUGUGUGGGUGAGGUCAAGCUUUUCACCAAAUGUUUUAAAGGUUUAAGUUUCUGUAAUUUCUGACUCUAAAGUGAAGCGCGGUGAGCCUAGCCCUCGGCCCUGGUACUGCACAUUAUAAAAACCACCUAAUUAUAAAAAUAAUAAUAAUAAUAAAAAAUAAAAAUAAUAAAAAAGAUAUCAUAAAGAAGAGAUAAGUAACUAAUGCUAGUUUGUUAACUCAAGGUUCCUAAUUUUUAGAAGAAAAACAAAAUUAGAUGUAAAAUUCCCACCAGCGACAUUUGGAGAUAAUGUACACAGCCGUAUAUCAGAUGUCGACAGAGGUCGCGGUGAUCCACGAAGCGUCCUUGCAGUUGUUAUGAAUGUCAAGGGCACUUUCUAGAAACUAGAGAGAAAAUUUAUUUAAUUUCUUUAGGAGGUCGAAUUGCUUUCCUUUAUAUUACUUUUUAGAUAUUAAACAUUUGUUUGUCAUUUUAAAUUUAUUCGCAUCUGUCAAAUCCUUGAUAAAAUAUACACACAGUCGGCAUAUGUUGUGUCUGAGAAGUUCAAGAUAUCAUGAAAUAAACUGCAUAUGCCUUUAAAAGAGGUUUAAUAAUACUUGUGUACAUUUUCUAUUUCAGGUGAAAUGAAUUUUCAAUGUAUGGUGUCAAACACAAUUUAUUAUACAAAUAAAAUAAUCUAUAAGCCUAAAGUUGCUUGUAAGUAGAUUCUUAUGUUUUAUAGUUAUACAAAAUUCUAGAAUAGCUGACCCAAUGUUAUCGGGAUACUAAUAUUGUGUCCUUUGCAAUAGUUUGUAACUGCUAUUGCAAAAUCUGAUCACAAUUCCUAGCUUUAAAAUGCAAAAUCUAUACAAUGAUAUAUAUUUUCUAACAUCAUUAAGUUUCGUGAAGUAUUUACUGCUAUAUAUUGUAUGUCUACCCUACUCCCUUUCAGGCCCCUAAACUAGAAUUUUCCAAAAAAACAUGACCUUAAAUUACCCAAUCUAAAUGAUCACUAAUUAUAUCACUUUUAUCGCUAAAGAAUUUAAUUGAAAGACGAUAUCUACGCUAGAGAAUUACUUUUGAUGUUCCCAUUUUCGUGCCCGUGAAUUACAACUUGUUUUCUCUAAAAAAAAAAUAAAAACCUAAUCUUAAAUUUACAACAAAACUAUAUGUAUGAUAUAAAAAUAUUUCAUAUUAAAGGAAUUUGAUAUAUUUUUAUCUUCAUCAAAACUUCAAACACACUUUUGUCUCGUUUUUUUAAUUAGGCAUUAUCAGAAAAUCUUAAAACAAAGAGUUAUUUUUUUCUAGAAAAAAAGUAUCUCACAACCGUUUUUCACGUCUAUUACAGACUUGAGUGUACUUUUUAUAAUUGUUUAUCUUAUAAAAUACACACACACUUUAAUUUUCGCAAAGUAAAAACAAAAAUAUAUUUUUAUUUUUUUUUUUUUUAAAGAAAAUAAUAACCAAUCUUAAUCUUUUUAAAUUAAAUUUUCAAGUGUGUCAAAUAAUUGGGUUUUUAUAUUUAUAGAUAUACAUUAAUAAGUGUGCAAACGUUUUGUUAACGCAUUAGAUUUUCUUAACUGGUAAAAAUAUGUUCAUUUGUAAAUAGAGUUUCUAACAUCUAGUUUUUCACAAAUUUAAUAACAUAGUGUUACGCACAGGCUUCUAUUGUGAGAAAUUAAUCUCCUAUUUUAAUUGUAUGGCUCGUUCAAAGAGUGCCUAACAAAGGACGCUACCAUUGAGAAAUACAAUUACAAAAAUACGACACCCAAAACAGUUGCCAAUUACAAUUAGUACGAUUUAAUUUAGUAAUAAUACAAUUACAAAACAAAAGAAAUAUAAUUACAAAUCAUAAACUUGCAGAAUAUCGGAAAAUCUUGUACCGAUACACACUUAGUACAAUGUGCCAAUUAAUAAUGAUGAAUGCGAAUGGGCACACAAAUAAUAAUACAAUUGUCUCGUAUAUUAAAUAAUAUUGAUCUGAAUCUCUUUCCCAAUCUCUGUGUCUGUCAAUAUCUUUAUAUACGCAGCGUAAGACCUGCCUUCCAGAAGCUACUCUGCAUUUGUUUACGUUUCUCGGCAAAUCGAGAACCUUCAAAAAGAGACUAGUAGACAGACUAACCAUGUUUAAUUGGUAGUCGGUAAUAAACGCGGUACAUCAAAGAGAUAAGCCACGCCCAUCUAUGAAUGUAGGGUGUGCUAGGAAUCUAAUUUGGAUUAAGCAAAGUUCACGCACGUGGAAAUGUGUCAUUACAUAACAAAAGGAUAUAAUAUAUUGUCAUCCACGUAAAAAUGCACACAUCCUAUUUCAUACUUCCGAUAUGUAUGUACCAAAUUAGGCUAAUAAUUUAUCACAUUCAUUCCUUUUUGGAGACGUAUCUUUUGCUGCCUGGGGCCAAUUGAACCCCUUUCCCCCUGCCUCCACAAUUAAAUAAAAUUACUAAAAUCUUCCACCGGAUUGAAGUCCUUCCAUCAACAAACUUACAAUUUUCCCUUUAUAUGGUUUCUUCUUAUUUGGAUGAAUUAUAAGUCGAUUAUUGAAUGAUACGACUAUUGAGUUUCGCUGCAGAUUGACUUAAACAGCAUUUUCUUAAUAGAAGUAUAUUUAAAGAUUACGUUUUUAUUAGGAUAUAAAAUUAAUAAAAGUAUGUUUUGGAAUAAAUAAAGGUAAAACUUAUUCAUUGUUAAAAUACAAAGCUAUAAUUUGUGUGUUUUAUAAACAAUUUAAAAGCAAUCAAUUCUAUUUAUUAAUUUACUUUUAAGAAGGGGGAAAUACGUUAUAACUUUUGUAACGCGCGAUCAAAGAAAUUGAAGAGUUUUUGCUAGCAUAGGCGAUUCUCGCUAUGACGUCAUUUUGCGGGUUAAUUUAGAACAAAUCAAUUUUAAUUUUAUUUCGCAAUAUUAACAACAUACUAAUAUAUGCAAUUACAACAAAUAAUGUUUGGGUUUUUACGAUAAAUGUGAUUACGAUAUAAUUCUUAGAUGAUAUUUUUAAGAUUAAAUUGUGUGUUCAUAACUUUUAAAUUCAGUUAAAAUGCUUAAAAUUGUUAUAUAUUUGUUACUUUAAAUGUAUUUGUCAUUUAUCAUAAUAAAACUUAAAAUGUUGCAUAAAAAUCAAAUCGGACAUAUGUCAUAUUUUUUAAAGUAUGUAAAUUUUUUGAUUUCCUUAAAAUAAUAAAACAUAGCUAUGCGUAAUAUGUUUUAAGAAUUCGAACGUAUCAAAAUUAGUUUCUGUCUUUUAGCGUUAUGUCAAUAUAGCUCAUUCUUAUAUUUCUUAUAUAUAUAACUUAUAAUAUAAAAUUUAUAGUGAUUUGUCAUUUUUAUCUGUCAACAAUUUUACCAAGUAUGUAAAAUUACUUUAUGAUAUAUGAAUACAACGAUUAACUUUUUGUGUGUUUGUGUUUUAACUUUAGAUCCUCCACUUAUAAACCUGACACUUUUAAAUUCAGAACUGGAUAUAUGUUUGGAUUCAAACUCUGAUAUCGUUGGAAACUGUUUUGUCAGUGAUGGUUAUCCAGAAUCUACAGUAUCCAUAUACAUAAACAAUAUUUUACUCAAUUCAAGUCAUGUUUAUGAUACGAUGAACAACACAUUCACCUCUGCUUACAAAAUGCCCGGUGUGGUCAACGUUACAUGUCUGGCUUACAAUACUGAAUAUUCUUUAAGCACAACCAGAAAUGUCACUAUCAAAGGUAAUAUUCAAGAAACUUAUUAAACGUUUGCAUAAGAUUCAAUAGAGUAUAACAAUAAUUAGUACUGAAAAAAUUAAAAGUACUAACACAUUAAAAAAAUAUGAUUUGAAUUUAUAUUGAAAGAUCAUUGGAGAUAAAGUUAAAUAACAUAAUUUAAGGAAAACAUUUCUCCCUUCCCAGGACCACCAGAAGCUCCGAAUGUAUUCGUACUUCUUAGGCAAGAUACCGCUUCCUCCGCUGAGAUUACCCAACAAGCGGUAAUCAUGUGUCGGUCUAGAGGAGGUUUUCCAACAUCAAAGCAACUGUCACUUAAGUGCGGCACAGUGGAGGCACAAGCUACAAGUAAGAACAUGGGCAAUUUAUUGUAACUCAAUACAUUCAAAUUUAUAACAAAUUAUUCGCGUUUAAAAUAUUAAUUAAAAUACAUAAUAUAUGUGUAUCUAAUAUAUAACAUGUGUAUAAUUUGUGAGUCAGAAAGGAGAGUCGAUUAGAUAAGACAUUAGAAUAAAGGGAUUUAAUUAUUAAUAUUUCUUUGUGUUUGCAAAUCUGUAGCUAUAAUAGUUUAUUAGGAUAUACAAUACAUAUGUUGUUUUUUUUAUACAUUUUUUUUUAAUUCUUAACGCCAGUAAAUGACUAUCUAUCUUUUCUGCACUGUUUUGCACACACAGCCAGUCAAUAAAUACGCCUGAAAAAUCUUAAGCGUCUCAUGUUCAUUUGACAUCAUAGUACACCCAGUAGUUGGCUCGGAGAACGAAACGCAAUUGUAGACUCUGUCUUUCUGUUACCAUAUCCAAGAGGAUUUACUCCUAGACAACUUUGUAUCCACCACAGUAGUGGCCUGACCAAAUAUAAACCAAUACUGUUGCUAAACGCUGCACCGUGCUCGACAUUUCGACUUAGAACUUGAUAAUAUUAUAUUUUAACAUUUAUGUACUACAUAAUUGACCCUAGUUUCUGAUCAUCACUUAGAUGAAAAAAAUAAUUCUUAGAAAUAUUUAAGAACAUAUUUUAUUAAUAUGUAUUGUGUAUUUUAACUUUGUGAUUUUCCUGUUUUAUAUUUAGAAAUAUUUUAAGCCUAGCAUUAUUGCUCAUAUUUUUUGUUCAUCAUUUAAACAAAAAACAAAAGAAGUUGUACGUGAUUCAGCGUAAAUAAAAAAUUGAUUACAAUUAUGAAUGAUGUAAAGAAAUAAAAAGAAAAAGAAAUUCUAAAGAAGUUUUCUUUCUUAGGCUUUAUGGUCAUAAUUGACAUAACAAUUUCAAUUAAUUUUGUUCUUACAGAUAGUGAUACAGUUGCUUUGGAAGUAAAUAUAACAAGAACUCCAUCUGAUGUAAAUUGCACAUGUGUUGUUUUACAUGAGUCAAAAUGUCUACGAAAUACGACUACCAAAUUCCUAACAUUAUACGAGCACAUAUGUACAUAGUAUAGUUUAUGAUUUAAACAGAAACGUGUAAAACUAUUUUUUUUUUUUAUUUAGCUUAAUAUUUAAUAUUUCUUUAAUAAAGUAUAUGAAUAGCAAUUUUUUCAUGGCUCCUGGCUGUGAACGAAGCCUAUUUAGAUUUUUUUUUAAAAAUUGCGUUCCCCCCCAUCCAAAACUGCAAAUAAGAGGAUAAAUUAAUUUUACGACUACCAAAUUCCUAACAUUAUACGAGCACAUAUGUACAUAGUAUAGUUUAUGAUUUAAACAGAAACGUGUAAAACUAUUAUUUUUUUUUAUUUAGCUUAAUAUUUAAUAUUUCUUUAAUAAAGUAUAUGAAUAGCAAUUUUUUCAUGGCUCCUGGCUGUGAACGAAGCCUAUUUAGAUUUUUUUUAAAAAUUGCGUUCCCCCCCCAUCCAAAACUGCAAAUAAGAGGAUAAAUUAAUUUUCAGAACACUGAUACUACGUUUAAAAUUAAUAUGUUUUUACAAAAUAAUUUCUAUAUUAUGAUUGAGUGAAACAGCAAAUAGUUUUUAAUCCAUAUAUAAAAUUGUAAGUUCACCUAUUUGCAAUCCUCUGAUUUCCAAUUAUUUUUUUUUUUGAAAAAUCACACUAUGUAAAAUUGAUGCAAGGAAUUAUUUACUUUUUUCUUUAUUAUCACUUAUUUCACUUAAAACGCUUUGAAAUUAUAUUCAAUAUUUUACUUGGGGGCAUAUUAAAUGUAAAUAACUACGAGUUAAUAUAACAUACAUAAUUGUAUAUUUCAAGUUUGCUGAAUAAUGAAAUUAAAAUAACUUUUCAUAUAGCGUUUUAUUUAUGGAAGAA